AUGCUGGGCAUCACAGUCUUGGCCGCGUUUCUGGCUUGUGCCUCCAGCUGUGGGGUCCCCACCUUCCCGCCCAACCUAUCAGCCCGAGUGGUGGGAGGAGACAAUGCCAGGCCCCACAGCUGGCCCUGGCAGAUCUCCCUUCAGUACCUCAAGAAUGACACGUGGAGACACACCUGCGGUGGCACCUUGAUCGCCAGCAACUACGUGCUCACAGCUGCCCACUGCAUCAGCAACACUCUGACCUACCGAGUGGCCCUGGGGAAGAACAAUCUGGCGGUGGCUGACGAGGAAGGCUCCCUGUACGUCGGUGUGGACACCAUCUUUGUCCACGAGAAGUGGAACUCCUUCCUGCUGCGCAACGACAUUGCCCUCAUCAAGCUGGCGGAGUCUGUGGAGCUGAGUGACACCAUUCAGGUGGCAUGCCUGCCCGCGGAGGGCUCCUUGCUGCCUCAGAACUACUCCUGCUAUGUCACCGGCUGGGGCCUUCUCUGGACCAACGGCCCCCUCGCUGACGAGCUGCAGCAAGGCCUGCAGCCUGUGGUGGAUCAUGCCACAUGCACCCAGUGGGACUGGUGGGGUGCCUUGGUGAGGAACACCAUGGUGUGUGCCGGAGGGGACGGCGUCAUCUCAGCCUGCAACGGGGACUCGGGAGGCCCGCUGAACUGCCAGGCAGAGAACGGUUCCUGGGAGGUGAGGGGCAUCGUCAGCUUUGGCUCCGGGCUGAGCUGCAACACCUUCAAGAAGCCCACGGUCUUCACCCGGGUGUCCGCCUACGUUGACUGGAUCCGCAAGGUGGAAAACGCAGCUGUGAUUCAUCCUCGGAAGCCGGGCAGCAAAUAG